GGUGGCGGCGUUGGUGGCGGCGGUGGUGGUGUUGGCGGUGUUGGAGGUGUUGAGGGUGUUUGAGGUGUUGGCGGCGGCGGUGUUGGCGGCGGUGGUGCAUCGCGUGGGGUAAAAUCUCUGGUGAGUGGUGCUGUUGUUUCGCCCUCUCAUCGGCGAGGCCGCUUCACGGGGUUCCUCUCUGCCCGCCUGGGGUCGGGAGAGGGUGAGUAGGGCCUUGGAAGUACCUCAGGGUCUUCAGUGCCCCCCGGCAAGUCACCUUAAUUUAAAUUCAAUAUCUUGUGGUAAAAUUUCUGUUUCGUCGCGUCCCCCGGCGGGUGCCUGCGGAGCGAGAUGAGCAGGGAUCUCAGAGGCAGGGGGUGCGCCCGGGGAAGGAGCUUUCCCGUGUGGCGAGGAGGAUGGCGAGGCAGAGGACAGAAGGGACAGUGGAGAAGAAUACCCGAACCCACAAGACCUCGACUAGUCCAGUCAACCUUGGACCAGUUUAUUCCCUAUAAGGGCUGGAAGCUUUAUUUCUCUGAAGCUUAUGCUGACAGGUCUCCUUUUGUCCAGAAGACCCAAGCCUUUGAAAAGUUUUUCAUGCAACGCAUUGAGCUUUAUGAUAAGGAUGAAAUAGAAAGAAAAGGAAGUAUUCUCGUGGAUUAUAAGGAACUAAUACAAGACAGAGAAUUGACUAAAUCAAUACCAAAUAUAUCUACUGAGUUAAGGGAUAUGCCUGAGAAGAUACUGCACUGUAUGGGUCUGGCAAUUCAUCAGGUGCUAACAAAGGACCUUGAAAGGCACGCUGCAGAGCUGCAGGUGCAGGAAGGAUUACCGCUUGAGGGAGAACCUAUAAUAAAUGUGCCUCUCAUUCAUGCUAGGGUGUACAACUAUGAUCCACUAACUCAGCUGAAAAACGUUCGGGCCAACUGCUAUGGAAAAUAUAUUGCCUUGCGUGGUACUGUUGUGCGUGUCAGUAACAUUAAGCCUCUGUGCACUAAGCUAGCUUUCAUAUGUGGCACGUGUGGAGGUGUUCAGAGUGUUCCUCUACCUGAUGGAAAGUAUACUCUUCCAACUAAGUGCCUUAUUCCCGAGUGCCGUGGCCGAUCCUUCACAGCUGACAGAAGCUCUCCUUUAACCACCACAGUGGACUGGCAGUCUGUUAAGGUGCAGGAGCUCAUGUCAGAUGAUCAGCGAGGAGCAGGCAGAAUCCCUCGCACAAUUGAAUGUGAACUCGUUCAAGAUCUUGUGGACAGCUGUGUCCCGGGAGAUAUGGUCACAAUUACCGGGAUAGUAAAGGUGUCGAGCACUGAGGAAGGAGCUUCUAAAAAUAAGAAUGACAAGUGUAUGUUCUUGUUGUACAUUGAGGCAAAUUCUGUCAGCAACAGUAAAGGACAAAAAACAAAGAAUUUUGAUGAUGAGACUUUUCAAAGAUCGUUCAUGGAGUUUUCACUUAAAGACCUCUAUGCUGUUCAAGAAAUUCAAGCUGAGGAAAAUCUGUUCAGGCUCAUCGUGAACUCUCUUUGUCCUGCAAUCUAUGGCCACGAGAUUGUAAAGGCAGGUCUGGCCCUGGCGUUAUUUGGAGGAUGUCAGAAGUUUGUAGACGACAAGAACAGAAUCCCAGUGCGAGGAGAUCCACACAUUCUCAUUGUUGGAGAUCCAGGAUUAGGAAAAAGUCAAAUGUUGCAAGCUGUGUGUAAUGUUGCUCCUCGAGGUGUGUAUGUUUGUGGCAAUACUUCCACCAGCUCUGGCCUGACCGUUACACUGUCUAGAGAUGGUGCUUCUGGAGAUUUUGCCUUGGAAGCUGGUGCUUUAGUGCUUGGAGAUCAAGGAAUUUGUGGAAUAGAUGAAUUUGAUAAGAUGGGAAACCAGCAUCAGGCUUUGUUGGAAGCCAUGGAACAGCAAAGCAUCAGCCUUGCCAAGGCUGGCAUUGUUUGCAGUUUGCCAGCUCGGACAUCUAUCAUUGCUGCAGCAAACCCAGUUGGAGGACAUUAUAACAAAGCCAAAACAGUGUCUGAGAACUUAAAAAUGGGGAGUGCUUUACUGUCGAGAUUUGAUCUAGUUUUCAUUUUGCUGGACACCCCAAAUGAAGAUCAUGAUAACUUGCUGUCUGAGCAUGUGAUGGCAAUCCGAGCUGGAAAGCUGGCAGCAUGCAGCAGCACUGUUGUGACUCGCACCAAUACACAGGACCUCUCUGUUCUUGAAGUUGUUUCAGAUCGACCACUGCUUGAAAGGCUAAAGAUCUUACCAGGAGAAAACUUUGACGCCAUUCCACAUCAGCUGCUGAGGAAGUAUGUUGGAUAUGCUCGGCAGUACGUUCAUCCAAAUUUAUCUCCAGAAGCUGCUCAGGUCCUCCAGGAAUUCUACCUUGAGCUCCGGAAGCAGAACCAAGGAGUAGACAGCACACCCAUCACCACGAGGCAGCUAGAGUCACUGAUUCGACUUACGGAGGCAAGAUCAAGGCUGGAAUUAAGGGAGAAAUCUACCAAGGAAGAUGCUGAGGAUGUAAUAGAAAUAAUGAAAUAUAGCAUGCUGGGAACCUACUCUGAUGAGUUUGGAAAACUGGACUUUGAACGUUCACAGCAUGGGUCUGGGAUGAGCAAUCGGUCACAAGCAAAAAGAUUUGUUUCUGCCCUUAACAGUAUCGCAGAGAGAACUUACAACAAUCUCUUUGACUUGCAACAGCUUCGACAAAUUGCAAAGGAGCUACAACUACGAGUAUCCGAUUUUGAGAGCUUUAUUGGAUCCCUAAAUGACCAGGGUUACCUCUUGAAAAAAGGUUCAAGAGUUUAUCAGCUUCAGACGAUGUGAAAAGAGCCACUGCAAUCAACUUUCUUGAGACAUAACUGUUACAUCUGAUGGACCUGCAGGAUGCUGAGCGCCCGCGGGCUUGCUUAAAGCCGCUGUAGGAUAAACCGGCACAUGGUAUUGCUGCUCGAUUCACCCUACAGGUCUGCUAGCUCAAAGGGGACUCUGUAAGACCAGCAUGUACUUUGUCCUCCUUGAGGAGUGGAAAAUACAUUUUAUAUUGACAUUAUCGCAGUGCCACAACAGAUUUUUACUUCUAAAAGAGACAUUGGACCCACAAAUUUAAAACCGGGAAUCUUUUUGUGAUAAGGUGAUGCAAGUUGUAUUUUUAGCACUGUAGUUCUUGAGAGGAAUUUAAAGUACAAAUGUGUUUCCAAAAUGUUGGGACCCUUCAGGUUGAGACAACACAGUUUUACAGCUGUUAAGAAGUGUUGCUUUACUGGAACUGACUCCAUUUUCUGCCUUGUAUCUCUGUGUUUAUUGGUCUUUGAAGCUGAGAUUUUAUUUGAAAUGCAAGUCUGAUUUAAGAAAACAUCCUCAUUACAAUAUUUAAUUUGUAAAACAGGAAUGAGAUUUUAUGUAUGUCUUUCAUUAAACGUUAUGUAUGAGAAAUC